AUGUAUAACGAAGAAACCAAAAGCUUUGACACAAAAGUGAAGUGGAGUCAAAUAACAAGCGGACAAAUUCUGAAAAUUGACUGCAACCAAAUCAUCCCAGCAGAUAUUGUUCCACUUGUGUCGACGAAUGAGAAUGGAAUAGUAUACGUUCAAACAACAGCACUUGACGGAGAAACUGAUUUCAAAUCUGUGUUAGUCCCAUCACACUUUCAAAAUAGAGAGUUGGACGAUAUCUCCAACAUUGAAAUUACAUUACACACAGAACGCCCAACACCCUCAUUUGAGUCUUUUAAAGCGUACUUUGAAGAAGAUAAAAACAAGAUAUCAUUAAGCUCGAAGAACUUACUUCUUCAAGGUACCGUUUUGAAGAACACAGACAGCGUCAUGGGAGUUGUGUGUUAUUGUGGAAGCGACACUAAACUGUCAUUAAACCAAACAAAACCUCGUCUAAAGAAGUCCACGACGAAUUCCCGAUUUAACCAAUUUGUCCUUUUUAUGAUAGUAUUCCAAACGGUUGUAUGUCUUUUACUUGCUGUAUUCUCCGCACUUGACUUCAAACAAUAUAACGAUCUAAAGAACGGGUUUUGGUACCUCAGCAAAGAAGAUAUCUCUCCGGUGUUUUUUGGAGUUAAGAAGUUUUUUGGUUUCUUUACGUUGAUGAACAACAUGAUUCCAAUAUCAUGCCAAGUCACACUUGAAACUGUCAAAUUUUUGCAGGGGAUUUUUAUCGAAAUUGAUAACGAUUUGAAAAUGGACAUAUUGAAAAUUGAAUGCAACAAAGAUGGCGAUAUGAAUGAAAAAAUUAAAAAGGUUGGAGCAAGAGCAAAUUCGACAAUUUUGAAUGACGAGUUGGGGCUAGCCAAGUAUGUUUUGUCUGACAAGACUGGGACAUUAACAGAGAAUUGCAUGGUGUUCAAAGGUGCGAGUAUUCAUGGGAAGUCAUUCGAAGAGUCUGAUUUAAAAAAUUCGGAAUGUGAAAUCGAGAAUACACAAAAGCGUGAGUUGUUACUUUGUAUGUCGUUGUGUAAUUCCGUCGAAGUUAAGAACAAUGAGUUUUGCUCGAAUUGUCCCGACGAGGAGUGUUUGUGUAUUGGGGCAAAAAUGAAUCACGUAGAACUGAUAUUCAGAAGUGAUAAUAAAAUUGCAGUGAAACUUGAAAACAAAAGAGAGGAGUACAAAGUCCUUUGUGUGAUACCCUUUUCGAGUUAUCGAAAGCGAAUGAGUGUGUUACUGAGAGAUAAAUAUGGGGGUGUCACGUUGUGGAUGAAAGGUGCCGAUGAAGUCAUUUUUUCACUUGCUCGUGAUUCACGCGACAAUUUUGAAGACGAGAGGAAUAUCGAGGACUUUUCAAAAGAAGGAUUUAGAACUCUUUUAUUUGCUAAACGAGAAAUAACAGAGACGUAUUUUGGCGAGUGGUUUGCGAAGUAUGAAAAUGUGAUUCACAAUUUUGAAGACGAUUUAAAGACCGAAGCACGAAAGGUCGAACUUGAAAAAGAGAUUGAAAGUGAUUUGACAAUUUUGGGAGCGUCGAAAAUCGAAGACAAAUUACAAGAAGGUGUUAAAGAAACCAUUGAAAUGUUAAAGAGAGGUGGUCUUAAAGUCUGGGUAAUCACUGGAGAUCGUCUAGAAACUGCACUCAACAUUGGGAACUCUUGUGGACUCAUUCAGAGCGAUAUUUUUUGUGUCAAAGAAAUUGAAAAUUUGUGUGAGACUUUGGAGCAAAUAAAACGGAAACUUCAGAGCAAUCUGCAGAAUCAAAAAGGUGAAAAUGGUGGGAGUGGAACAGUUGUUAUUGAAGGGAAACUCUUUGAAACAGCAGAAAACCUUCAUUUCAAUGAAUUGAGUGAAGUCAUUAAGUUAAGUGACAGCCUGAUAUGCUGCCGAGUCACCCCACUUCAAAAGGCACUCAUUGCAAAAACUGUGCAGAAAAUAACUAAAGAAAUUGUAAUAACAAUUGGAGAUGGCGCGAAUGAUGUUCCGAUGAUUAACACGGGCAAUGUUGGGAUUGGUAUAUUUGGGAAAGAAGGCACACAAGCCGCAAGAGCUUCUGAUUUUGCUAUUCGACGGUUUAAGGAUAUUGGAAAGCUUGUUUUGUUUCAUGGAAGAGAGUGUUUGUAUCGGAAUUCGUUACUCAUUAAAUUGUGCUUUUACAAGAACAUCGCAAUGUUCUUUGUCUUGUUCUAUCUUGCGUUUUUAAACAACUUCAGUUGUGAGACGAUAUAUGACGAUUACAUGGUCGCGCUCUACAACACGUUUUUCACAGCAAUCCCCCCACUGUUGUCCGCUGUUUUUGACAAAGACGUCGAGUGGAAAAUUAUCAAAAAAGUGCCACAACUCAAUCGCGAAAUGUUACUUUCAAAACGGUCAGCAUUCAUGUCGUUUGUAAAUUGGUUUGUAUUUGGCAUAUAUCAAUCGCUAGUCUUCUUCUUCUUUUAUUACAUCACAACGUUUACAUGCGAUGUAACAAUGUUUGGGUUAAAUGGUGGUAUACCAUACACAUCAGGGUUAUUCACUUUGGGUAUCAUUUUGACCAUUUUAAUUACAAUGGCAUUACAAACAAAGACAUGGAACUACGUUUUAGUGUUUGGUCAUGUUAUCAGUGUUGUUUUAACACUUCUUGUGUUCAUUGUUCUCUCAUUCUACCCAAAUUUGUCUAUGAUGAACUUUUCAUGGUAUGGUCUUGUCGUUUUGUUCCAACAGCCACAUUUUUACUUAUCAGUAUUCGCAAUGGUAUUUAUGUCUGUCUUGCCAUUGUUGGUGAAUUCUUCUUUUAAAAUAUUGCUCAAUCCAAAUGACUACGACGUUGCUAGAGAACUUUUUGAAAAUAAAAUGGGCAAAAAGGCGCUCAACAAAGAAAGAAAGUGGGUGCAGAAAGAAGUGGAAAUGCAGGCAGUGUAA